UUGAGUGUAGUCACUUUAAAAUGGCAGGUCGAGCAAGACCUCAUAUAAUUAAUAUGAACGGAGGUGGUGGUUUUGGGCCAAAUAAUAAUUACGGGGGUAGUGGUAUUAAUGUUUGCUGUUGUACGUGUUGUACGUGUAUACAUUUUCGAUUUUUGAAAACUACGCCUGGAGUUAUGAAAAUUGUAGAAAUUUUAUUAGCAAGUUUUUGUCAAAGUGUUUUACUUGAAUAUGGAAUGGAAUAUUCAGGAACAAUUGGUGCGUCAUAUUUUGGAUUUUUAACAACGGCAUCUUCGUGUAUGAUGACAGCAACGAUUCUUUUAGGUUGUUAUAUAGUAUCAGAAAAAUCAUAUAAUUUAAUUCGACAAUCAUUAUUUGAAACAGCAUUUAAUGCAGUAGCGGCUAUUACAUACUUUAGUGCUUCAUCAUACCUCGCAUUUGCUGUAAAAACAUUUUUAUUACACUUAAAUGUAAUGCGCCAUCAAGCGUAUCCAGCUAUGUCACUAGUUUAUGGACUGGGUACAGUUUUGGGAAUUUUACAUGCGUUCGAUGCGUAUCAAUCAUAUCGAUUUUUUAUGGGAUAUCGAUGAAUAAUACAAAUUAGUAGAAAUAUUAUGCAGGAGUGGCCAAAAAACUUGUUAUUGAAGGGAUGGCAUAUCGUGUUAUCAUGAAAUAGUAUUAGCCACUCCCGUUUUGGCGUUUUAAAAAU